GUGUGUCGCCGCUAAUGCCCUAAUGUCGCCGCUAUUGCCCUUCGUCGCCGCUAAUAGCCGUCGCCGCUAAUGCUAAACGCAUAUACCCUUCACAGUUUACCUUUCUGCCAUUCACAGCUUAUACACAUAACAAUUUUUCUCUCGUUUUUUCUUCAAUAUCUCGCAAAUUUUCAACUUGGUGGACGCAUUGCUUCUUGGACCGGUGCUAGCUAGCUUCUCCUUCCCUCAAGGCAGCCACAAUACCGCCACAACCCCAACCAAGGUCGGCAUUUAGCCAAAAUUCCGAAAUUGCCCCCAACCAAGGCUGUAUAUGGGGUUUAGUUGGGCGAUACUCUUGUACGUGAUGGCAGAUGUUAUGGGUUUAGGACAUGGAGGUGAUGGAGCCGGGGAUCCACCACCUCCCGUAGGCUUUGGUCGUGGUCAACACGAACAGGAUGCUGAGCUCCCUAAAAAAAGAAGAGGCCUAGCAAAAAACAUUCAACUAUCAAAGAUAAUAAGGGCAAACAAGGGAAAGCCUGUAGAUUUGGAUUUCGAUAGGGAGCUGACAUAUUCCCCUGUCGGGAACCAUGGUAAUUGGUUUACCCGUGAGAUUGGGAAGUAUAUAUGGAUGAACAUCCCUUUGAACGUAUCUGGUUGGGAUAAUGUUUCCCCCGCUUUAAGGAAUGCCACAGUGGUUCAUUUAAAGAAUAAGUUUGAUUUAGACAAGGUUAACUUGGAUCCCGAGCGUGCUCAGUUGUUGCAGAGCAUUGAUGCGACCUUGCAAAGAAUUUAUAGAGGCCGAAAAAAUAAAGCGCAUACUUAUUUUGAGAAUGUCGGGGGGCUUAUAGAUAUCCCAAGGGCAUUAGCCAACCCCCCCGAUGGUAUGUCACGUGAAAAUUGGGCACAAGCAGUCAAGCAUUUUCAAACUCCUGAAUUUCUAAAGCGUUCGGCGUCAAACAAAGGAGUCCAUGCACAACAACAAGUUGUAAACCGAGGGGGAUCGUGCUCGUAUAGCAAUGCAUGUUUCAAAGAAGACAUUGCUCGAAUCGAAGCAUUUCGUAAGGCCAAUACUGAUCGCCAAGGGGUGUUUAGUAGUCCUGCAGUCGAGCAACAAUACAAUGCUUUACUCUUUGAGAUCAGUCAACAAACUCAAGCAUCUUCUGAAGCCAGCGGUCUAACACCAAAGGAUACACAAAAUUGUUUUGAAAAAAUAUUAGGUGUUCGACGUGGCCAUAUCAGAGGCAUCGGGCGUAAACCUUCUACGGUUGUGUCGAUGUACGAUCAGGAACAACCACUGACACAGCCACCACCACAAUCACAGUUGGAAAUGCUUCAAACAAUGUUAAAAGAUCCGGAAUGUAGUGCUGCACUUGAAGAUUGGUUUCGUUCAUUGCCACAACGAAAUGAAACCGGAGGAAACGAGGAGAGCGAUGAUGACGAGUGAUAGUUGUAGGAUUUUUUUAUGUUUUAUUUGUGCAAGUAUUUUAGACUAGUAUUUUCAAUAUUUUGUUAUAUGUUAAAUCAGACGAGUAAUUUUAAACGGAUAUUGUAUUAAUAUUUUGGAUUGGAAUGAUAUAGGAUUAGAUUAAUUAA